ACAAUGCCACUGGAACCGGGCAAGACGCAGUCUGGGGAAGAAUCAUCAAAUGAAGCCAGCAGGACGAGCCGUGGGGACAACUCGGACGUGUCAGAGGAAUCUGUCCGGAAGCGAACUCGGAAUAGUACCCCCAGCCCACACCGAGGAAACGCUGCCCAGGCUAGUCCCCCUCGUUUUGUGUCAGUCGAGGAGCUCAUGGAUGCAGCUAAGGGUGUCACUAACCUAGCCUUGGCUCAUGAGAUUGUGGUGAACGGAGGCUUUCAGAUCAAACCUAUGGAGCUUCCUCAUGGAAGCCUGGAAAGAACAGUUCGGGACAUUGUGCACAAAGCAUUCUGGGAUUGCUUAGAGGCUCAGUUCAAUGAAGACCCUCCAGUGUAUGACCAUGCAAUAAUAUUGUUGGGAGAAAUUAAAGAGGCCCUUUUCUCAUUCCUGUUACCUGGUCACACUCGGCUGAGGAAUCAGAUCAAUGAGGUCCUGGACCUGGAGCUCAUUAAGCAGCAGGCAGAGAAUGGAGCUCUGGAUAUCCCUAAGCUUGCAGACUUUACUAUUGGAAUGAUGGGAACAUUGUGUGCCCCAGCUCGGGAUGAGGAGAUUAGGAAGCUACGGGACAUUAAAGAGCCUGUGCCCUUGUUCAGAGCAAUCUUCGCUGUUCUAGACUUGAUGAAAUUGGACAUGGCUAACUUUGCAAUCAGCAGCAUCCGGCCUCAUCUGAUGCAGCAAUCUGUGGAAUAUGAAAGGAAGAAAUUUCAGGAUUUCUUCGAAAAGCAGCCAAGUUCUCUGGAUUGUGUAACCAGCUGGCUUCAGGAAACAGCCAAUGACCUGUACUCCAAGGACUCUGCUGGAGCAUCUUCUGGAUCUCCAUGUUCUGCCUCUGUGUUAAAUCACGCCUACCUAAAGCUUCUCACAUGGGAUCAUGAGCAGAGACCUUUCCCAGAGACUGUAGUGAUGGACCAGAUCCGAUUUCAGGAGAUGAAGCUGGAAUUGUUGCAGCUCACCUUGGUGGGGACUUUGCUGCUUAUAACUCACAACUCUGCUGGUCCUGCUGUCUCGGGUCUUCCAGGUUUUUACAGAGCAGAUGAAGAGUCUUAUCAGGCUUUUGCUAGAGGGAGUGGGAACUCCAGGUGUGAGUACAGACGAUGCUCUCACCACACUCAGUGAGAAGAUCUGUGUGGAAGUUGCCAGGUGCCUGAGUCAGCAUGGAUCCACUCCCUUCUCUCCAGAGAGAGAGGAAUCUCUUAAAGGACAAAUUCGGACUGCCUCAUCUCCAUCCAAUCAGAUAUAUCGAUUAAUAGAAUCCAGGAUUCAUUCAUUUUUAUUGAGCUACCUAUCCACUGCUAACCAGAGAUCCAGCCCUGCCCUGCCUGGUGGCCUCGGCCCCAUACAGAAAGAACUAGAAGAACUGGCUGUGAAAUUUGUACGCCUUGUCAACUAUAACAAAAUGGUGUUCAGUCCUUACUAUGACUCCGUCCUGAGCAAAAUCCUGAACAAACAAGACACACAGCCUUGA